AUGCCUGAGUUCAUGCAAUCUGUGUUUAGCUCUGCGGAUGGGAACUAUGCUGUGCGAAUGGCUGCAGUUUGUUGGGUGUUGUGGUUGGUUCGAAAUGCAAUAGUGUGGCAGAAUGAGGUUAGAACGGUGGAUAGUGUUUGCAUGCAAGUCCAAAGGCUGCAACUCAUCUGGAAGGAUGCUUAUACAAAGACUAACUUAUCUGUUAAUAAUAAUAUUCCCACUGCUUGGACCCCCCCUCAACAUGGCUUCCUUAAAUGUAAUGUUGAUGUCGCAAUAUUUGAUGAUGGUGCAGGUUAUGGUGCGGUGCUGCGAGAUCACCAUGGUCUUUUUGUGGCGGCGAAGGCUGAUCGUCUAAUGGCUACGCGUGACCCUCUUCUGGCGGAAGCAUUAGCGGUCAAGGAAGCUCUGUCUUGGAUUAAAGACUCUGAUUAUUCUAGUGUCAUUAUUGAAACAGACUGUUUAAAUUUUGUGCUUGCUUUUCAUUCUCGUUCUGUUGAUUUUUCCUAUGUGGGUUGUUUAGUUAAGCAUAGUCGUUCUUUGGCUAGUGACAUUGGGAACGUUUCUGUUCGCCAUGUCAAGAGGUUAGCGAAUCAGGUGGCUCACGUGCUUGCACGGGCAACUGGUUCAUCGUCUGGCCUGGGUUCGUGGUUUUCUUUUCCGCCUGGUUGUAUUUCUGAAUUAUUGAUUCAUUAA